GCUUCACAGAUCGUGGAAGUAAGAGGUAGAAAGAGCUUCUUCACUUUGACAACAAAUACUCACUUUCUCUUACAGAGAUUGAGAGAAAAUCACAAACACACAAUUAUAUAGCACAGUGAUCAUCAUGGCUCUUCACUUGUCUUGGGUUUUUGUUUUUGGUAUUCUAGGCAACGCUGUUUCAUUCAUGGUUUCCUUGGCUCCACUGCCAACAUUUUACCAAAUAUACAAGAAGAAAACAUCGGAAGGUUUCCAGUCGAUUCCCUACGUGGUUUCGCUCUUCAGUGCGAUGCUUUGGAUUUACUAUGCACUGCUUAAGAAAGAUGCCAUUUUCCUCAUUACCAUCAACACUUUCUGCGUUUUCAUUCAAACUUUUUACAUUGUUACUUACUUUUACUACGGCCCAAAGAAAGAAAAGAUCGUCACAGUGAAGCUUAUGCUUCUCUUCAACGUUUUCGGGUUCGGAGUUAUCUUUCUCGCAACUUACUUCCUAAAAAACCCUUCCCUUCGUCUCCUGAUUUUGGGUUACAUUUGCAUGGCAUUCGCUUUGGCUGUGUUCGUCGCACCUCUCGCCAUUGUGAGAAAAGUCAUAAAAACGAAGAGCGUUGAGUACAUGCCAUUUACUUUAUCAGUGUUCCUCACUUUAGGAGCUGUGAUGUGGUUCUUCUAUGGCCUUUGUUUAAAAGAUAUGAAUGUCGCCGUUCCAAACAUCCUCGGAUUCAUCUUUGGAGUACUUCAAAUGAUACUUUAUGCCGUUUACAAGAACCAUCCCAAGAAAACAGUGGAAGAAUCAGAUCCCAAGCUUCAAUUAUCGGACCACCCAGUCGUCGUCGUUGAUGUUGCCAAGCUUGGCUCGGAUGUAAACGCCGUCAUUCCUAACUCAACCAAAUCUAACAACGGCGGAAGAACUGAAGGGAAUGCUUUCAACAAAGUUUAAAAAAAAAAAAGAGUUUAUUUCGAGUGGGUGAUAUGAAAAGAGGUUUCCACUUGAAACAUGUCUUUAAGCUUACGUGUUUACUUUGAUUUUUGCAUGGGCUGAGGUUAACCCAUGCAAAACAAUAACUUUAAAAAAAAAAUUAAUGUCUAAUAAUGUGGGUUUAAUUUCUUUGUCUUUUCAGUCCACAUCGUGAAUCUUUGUCUCUCUUUCAUUUCUUUUCAAAUCUAUAAUAAUCAUAUGUAAUCUGUAAUUAGCAUUCUGUACUUACUGUUUUAUUAAUGAAACGUACUUCUUUUAUAA